GACAUAGAAAAGGAAAGGAAAGGAAAGCUUGGUGAGUAUAAUUUUCCCUCGUUAUUCCAACGACCCCAUCCAUUUUCGCCCUUCCCAAACAAUCCCAAACCCUCGAAUUAUUCUCAGGGUUUUCGGAUUAUCCUCUUCUUCCUCGCUCAUUUCCGGUAUGGAUUCCGAGGACGAUAUGAUGGACGCCAAUGAUGUUGAUUCCGUGGACGAUGAUUUCUAUAGCGGCGACAUGCAGGAAGAUUAUUACAGCGAUGGCGAUGGCAAUGGUGGUGAGAAUGAUGACGAUGAUGAUGGUCCUGACUAUGAUUUCAUGGCAGAGGCUGCCGAUGAUCUUGACGAUUCCGUGUUUAGCCGGACGCAGCAAAGUUAUACCAUCUUGAAGGAAGAUGAUAUACGAAAAUGUCAAGAAGAUGAUAUUACUAGAGUGUCCACUGUCCUUUCAAUAUCUAGAUCUGAUGCAAGCAUCUUACUUCGUCACUAUAAUUGGAGCAUUAGUAAGGUACAUGAUGAAUGGUUCGCUGAUGAAGAGACAGUCCGGAAAUCUGUUGGCUUGCUGGAGACACCAGUAGUCCAUUUCUCCAAUGCAAGAGACCAGCUUACUUGUGGGAUAUGUUUUGAAUCCUUUCCUCAUGAUAAGAUUACCUCAGCUGCGUGUGGGCAUCCCUUUUGUAGGUCAUGCUGGUCAGGUUACAUUAGUACAACCAUUAAUGAUGGUCCUGGAUGUUUGAUGCUGAGAUGCCCUGAUCCAUCUUGUCAGGCUGCUAUCGGUCCCGACAUGAUAAAUUUGUUGGCAUCUCAUGAAGUUAAGGAUAAAUACUCUCACUAUCUUCUUAGGUCGUACAUUGAAGAUAACAGAAAGACAAAGUGGUGUCCUGCUCCAGGAUGCAAGUAUGCUGUUGAUUUUGCUGCUGGUGGUGGAAGCUUUGAUGUUUCCUGCCUUUGUUCAUAUAGCUUUUGCUGGAAUUGCACAGAGGAAGCUCACCGUCCUGUGGACUGUGGAACUGUGGCGAAGUGGAUUUUGAAGAACGGUGCUGAAUCUGAAAACAUGAAUUGGAUUCUCGCCAACUCCAAGCCUUGCCCAAAGUGCAAGCGUCCGAUUGAGAAAAACCAAGGGUGUAUGCACAUGACAUGCACGCCACCUUGUAAAUUUGAGUUUUGCUGGCUAUGCCUUGAUGCAUGGUCAGAUCAUGGUGAGAGGACUGGUGGCUUCUAUGCUUGUAAUCGCUAUGAGGCAGCUAAACAAGAGGGAGCAUAUGAUGAAGCAGAGAGGAGGCGAGAAAUGGCAAAAAAUUCUUUGGAGAGAUACACCCAUUAUUAUGAACGAUGGGCAAGCAAUCAAUUGUCAAGGCAGAAAGCUCUGGCAGAUUUACAUCAAAUGCAAACUGCGCAUCUUGAGAAGCUCAGUAACAUACAUUGUACCCCUGAAUCUCAGCUCAAGUUCAUUACAGAUGCAUGGCUUCAGAUAGUUGAUUGCAGGCGAGUUCUAAAAUGGACCUAUGCAUAUGGGUAUUAUCUACCUGAGCAAGAACAUGCUAAGAGACAGUUUUUUGAGUACUCGCAAGGUGAGGCUGAGUAUGGCUUGGAAAGGCUCCAUCAAUGCGCGGAGAAGGAACUGCUACAGUUCCUCAAUGUGAAAGGUCCCUCAAAGGAAUUUGAUGAGUUCCAAACAAAAUUAGCUGGGCUUACCAGUGUUACAAAGAAUUACUUUGAGAAUUUGGUUAGAGCAUUGGAGAAUGGUCUAGCAGAUGUGGAUUCUCAUGGUGCUUGAAAAAUUGGCGUUGGCAUGGGGAGAGGUGGAAGGGGAAAAGGAAUCGCUAAAACCGAAGAUUCCAGCAGAAUUAUGGAUGAAUAAUAUAACUAUUCGAGGUCCAAGUCAGCCAGCAAUGUGCCAGGUAUGCUGCCACAACUGUUAAAACUUGUAAAUUCUUUAGUUGGUGGAAUAUAGUACUUGGUACAUCCACUUCUCCACGAUUCUGGAGGAUUUUGUUUCUUUUGAAUAUACCGUCUGAUGGCUCUUCUUUUUAUGAGGCUGCUCAAAGUGUGGAUGUUAAAUAGAUGUCAAAGAGGGAUUGGGGGGCAAAUCAAUUUCUUUCUAAACCAUUGUGUUUUGAAGGGAGCACCAAUCAUGGUGUAAUGUAUGUAGUUCUAUCUAUUAAGGUAUUGAAGUUCUGCAACUUGCUUUUGUUAAAUGUAAUAAUACAAAUUCUAUGUGGAUGCAAAUUUACUCAUUUGUGAAAAGAAAAAUCUGGCGUCAUUGGACUGCUUCAUGAA